CCUCAAGGGCUGCAUCCAUCCUGGAGCGCCCCCUACUCAGCUGGCCUGCUCCCAAGCUCCCGAGGGAAGCUCCCCUGACUCCAGUUGUGCCCACUCUCAUGCUGGGGUCGCAUGUUCAUCUGGCUGGGGCGGGAACAGGUUUUUGUCCACAGACCUUUUCAGAACCAGGCCCAGCCCGCCCUCCAAUCAGCAGGAACCUGACACCCCCUCGAAAAACCUCAGCUGGGACAAGGAACCUGCGAAUGCCAACGUCCGUACGCUCUCUGUCGCCUCUCACGGAAACAGCCCAACAGGCCGACGCCACCAACUGGCCCGGGCAGUCGCGGAUGACAACUGAGCUGCGCCCACCCUCCUGAGCCAGGAAUCGCCUCUGCUCGCGCCAGCACCGGGAAGCCCACCCACCCUCUGCACUAACCUGGCGGCCUUGGCCCAGCCCGGAUUCACACGCCCGCCGGGCUCCACUGGACUAGGAUGCUUCCGGGUGUGCGCGAAGCGCAGGGGUGGUGCCCCAGCCGCAGCAGCCCAGUCAGCCCCGGCGUCCCGCCCCCAAUGCCCCCAUCGGUUUCUUCCCGCCCUUCGCUGCCAGUCCCCAGCCUCUGGGCAAAGCCCACCUGGUCCGUUGAGCAGGCAAGAGCUUCUGGAAGCGGCAGAGUUCCCAUCUCUCGCAGGGCCAUGGCCGAGCCUGGAGAGCAACUGCCAGAGGAGGUGCUGGCGCUCAUCUUUCGCCACCUGUCUCUGAGGGACCGUGCAGCUGCUGCCAGGGUCUGCAGAGCCUGGGCUGCCGCUGCUACCUGCAGCGUGGUGUGGCAUGACACGACCAUCAGUUGCGACUGUGAGCGAGAAGGCACGCUGCUACCAUACCUGUCUGCCUGCCUGGACCAUGUUCACAACCUACGACUGGAAUUUGAGCCGUCGAGGGAGCCGAGCCGCCGGGCGGCCACUGAGUUGCUAACCGCCCUGGCGGUCCGCACCCCGGGACUUCGAAGCCUGCGCCUGGAGUGCCGCGGAGAAAAGCCGCUCUUCGAUGCAGGCCGCGACAUCCUGGACGCCGUGCACGCUAUAUGCCGGGCCGCCUGCGCGCUGCGCCACCUCGACCUUAGGCGCUUGCCUUUUACGCUGGACGACGCGUUGGUGCUGCAGGCGGCACGCGGCUGCCCGGAGCUCCGCAGUCUUUUCCUUGACAACUGUACGCUGGUAGGCAGCGUGAAGCCCGACUCUGUGCUCGAGCUACUAGAAGCCUGCCCGCGCCUGCGCGCCCUCGGCCUACACCUAGCUAGCCUGUCUGGCACUGCCCUCCAGGUGCUGGCAGCGCCGCACCGCGCGCCUUUCGCUCUCCUGGCCCUACGGUGCGCGUGCCCCGAGGACGCACGCGCGCCACGCCUGCCCGAGGAAGCCUGGGCCGCGGUGCGCCGCCGCCACCCGGGACUGGCCGUGGAGCUGGAGCUGGAGCCAGCGCUGCCCGCUGAGAGCGUGACGCGCGUCCUACAACCUUCCGUGCCAGUGGCUGCGCUACGCCUCAGCCUCUCUGGGGAUACCGUAGGCCCGGUGUGCUUUGCAGCGCGCCACUACGGCGCAACCUUGCGCGCGCUUGAGGUGCGCGCCGCUGCCUCAGCGGAGCUGGACGCUGCACUGGAGUUGCUGGCGGCGCGCUGCGCGGGCCUGCGCGAAGUACACUGCUUCUGCGUGGUACGGCCCUCUGUGUUGCACGCCUUCCGCGCGCACUGUCCGCGCCUGCGCAGCUACACGCUCAAACUAACGCGGGAGCCCCAUCCCUGGCUGCCCACGCCUGUGGUGUGAUGGGGUGGUCGCCUCUCCAGCAUAUAUGUGGCCGCUAAGAUGCUGGAUGCAUUUGUCCAGGCGUGCACCAACGCCAGCCCGCUCCUUCGGGUCUCUGUUGAGUCUUGUGCCUCUGGAAGAUGAGCGCAUGUAGGAUAGCGUCGGGACCAUCCCAGGGCGUCUUGAGUCCACUGGACGGAUCUCCAUAAUGGGAUCAUCCUCCCCCAGUCCCACUCCUCUGCUGACGCUGCGCUAGCUCCACGGCCCUGGCGCGUGAGGGGGGCGGGUAGAGAGAGGACCCUGGCUCCUGUGGCGACUCGGGUGUGAGUGUGAAAUAAAUCCUGUAGCAACA